UCCGAUCCGCGAAGGUAUCGCCCAUUCGUUGCAUUUCGGAUCGCGGAGAUCUUAGAUGAAACCGAAUAUAGUGAAUGGAAUUGGGUUCCAUCGAAAAUGAAUAUCGCUGACGAAGCAACAAAAUGGGGAAGCGGACCGAAUCUAGACCCCCACAGCAGUUGGUUCCGUGGCCCAGAGUUUCUGCUUCUCACAGAGUCACAAUGGCCAAAAAUUAAACCAGUUUUGGAAGAUCCAGUGGAAGAACUCAGAGCCGUACACAUUCAUCGAGAAAUUUCUGUUCAACCAUUUAUUGAUCCUCUAAGAUUCUCUUGUUUGAAGGAUCUUCUCAGAAAGCUAGCUUACAUUUACCACUUCCUUAAUCGCUGUCGUUCGAAGGGAAAACCCAAAGUAAAAUCACGCUCAGUGAUACUGAACCAACAGGAUUAUGCCAUGGCAGAAAAUAGUCUGUGGCGAAUGGUACAGGCUGAAGCAUUUCCUGAUGAGCUGGCCGUUUUAAGAGCUAACUUAGAUCUUCCUAAAGAGCAACGAAAACGCCUGGAGAAGCACAGUUGUCUGUCGAAAUUAUCACCUUUUUUAGAUGUAAACGAAGUUUUACGCUCAGAAAGUCGUAUUGAUCCUCAAGCAGCUUACUAUUGUUUCGAUUUCCGCAACCCAGUUAUCCUUCCAAAGCGAAAUCAUGUCACUGAAAUGCUUAUUUUACGCUUUCAUCAACGAUUUGGACACGCAAACUAUGAAGCUAUUAUUAACGAAAUUCAACAAAAAUAUUAUAUUGUAAAACUGCGUUCGGAGGUAAAAAGAGUGAUAAAAAACUGCAUGUGGUGUCGUGUAUAUCGAGCAAAACCAUUGGUACCUCGUAUGGCCCCACUUCCACAGGAAAGAGUGCAACCCUAUGUGCGCCCAUUCACCUUUACCGGGAUUGAUUAUUUCGGACCCUUGGUUGUUAAGAUGGGACGAAGCAAUGUUAAACGUUGGGUAGCACUCUUUACGUGCCUAACGGUACGAGCAGUUCAUUUAGAAGUUGUUAAUUCGUUAUCGGCAGAAUCCUGCAAAAUGGCAAUUCGUAGAUUCGUGGCAAGACGAGGAUCACCGCAACAGAUUUUCAGCGACAAUGGUACAAACUUUAAAGGUGUCGCCAGAGAACUGGCGGACGAGAUAAAAACCAUUAAUCUUAAAAUAGCGGGUACGUUCACUAACGCCAAUACAGAAUGGCACUUUAUUCCACCUUCUGCUCCCCACAUGGGAGGAGUAUGGGAGAGAAAAGUACGGUCCAUAAAGGAGGCGUUUAAAGUUCUCUCGCAUCGAGAAAAGUUGGACGAUGAAGGUCUUGUGACGCUUUUAACAGAGGCAGAACUAUUAGUCAAUUCUCACCCGUUAACCUGUGUGCCUUUGGAGACGCAUGAUCAAAACGUCCUUACACCGAACAGCUUCCUGCUUAUGAGCUCGAGUGAAGUCAAUCAUUUAAACAGAGUACCAACGGAAGGUACAUCAUCCCUUCGCACUAACUGGAAGUUGAUGCAGCAUCUACUCAAUCAGUUUUGGAAACGUUGGAUUACGUGUUACUUGCCAACAAUUGCUAGGAGAACGAAGUGGUUUACAGAAGUUCCACCAAUAAAGGAAGGUGAUCUCGUCGUGGUGGUGGAUGAAUCAGUGAGAAAUGGGUGGCUGCGUGGACGGGUGGUCAAAACAUACCAUGGUAUAGACGAUCAAGUACGCAAAGCUGAUAUAGAAACGAGCUCAGGUAUUUUACAACGACCUGCUACGAAGGUGGCUCUAUUAGACGUGCUGGAAAUAAGUAAAACCAAUUAGGUAGUGGUUUACGGGUGGGGGUGUUAACGCACGUUCGAUAUAUGCCCCUCGUUAUCGGAGAUAUAUUCAGCGAGUCGACGUUGCUGAGUUCAACUUUGGAGUUGGACAAUAGCCAGCGCAGAACAAUUGGCGCGGAGAUUGGAGUUGGCCGAGAACGAGGGCAGAUAAAAAAGAACCGCAUGCCGCUGCAGAAGUGUCUUUAGAAAUGAUACAGUUUGCUUAAUUUGAUCGCGCAUUAUUCAACAAAGUUCAGUAGUGUGUUCAGAAAAUUACUUUGAAUUUAGUGCGUUAGUCUUAAACGAAUAUUAUAAAUAUUCAGUGAUUUAUAUUUGCUAUAUUGAAUAGUUGAAUUCAAGGCUCAACAUUAUUUGGAAUCUAUAGCAGAUAAGGUGGCAGUUGGGUGGCAGAUAAAAGUAAACGAGGCUACUUAAUUGGUUUAUGCAAUCACUUCGGAGUGAAUCAAUUUGUUGUUUGAGUCAUAGGAGAAACUUAUUGUAAGUACUGUUAAAGGCAUUAGUUAAUUUUAUAAAACUGCAAUAAAUAUUUCAGUUCGAGUCACGCAAAACGGACUUC